AUGGGUGAUAAGGCGGAUUGGUGUGAUGCCAAUGUGAGGCAUUUCAUUGAUAUAUGUAAAGGAGAGAUAGAAGCUAGGAAUAGGCCUUCGGGAAUGUUCACUAGGAAUGGAUGGAAAAAUCUUAGAGCUAAGUAUGAAGAAAAAACUGGGCUGGAACAAACUAAGAAACAAUUGAAGAACAAAUUAGACAAUAUGAAAAAGGAAUAUACUUGGUUUAUGGAGUUGAAGAACAAUGCCACUGGUCUUGGAUGGAAUGAGGCAAAGCAAACUGUUGAUUGCUCCAAGGAAUGGUGGGAUGAGCACCUUGCUAGAUGCAACAAUGCUAAUAAAGAUGAUGUUUCCUCUAAUGAGUCAAGUGAUGAGGAUGUGGCUGAGAUGGAUGGGCACAUGGAAGAUUUGGCCCAAAAGGGGCCAAAAGGACUAUUGCUUCUAGCUGAACUUUCCGAACAGACUGCAAAUAUUGGUCAAAUGGGGUCCCAGUACACUGAGAAGUAUUUGAACAAAGGAGAAUAUAGGAUAGCACCAGAAACUGGACUUCAAUGGGUUAAGAGGUGCAUGGAUCGACCGAGGUACUUUUACAAAAUGUUUCGGAUGAGCCCUGAUAUUUUUAUGUCACUCCAUGACUUGAUAGUAUCAACGUAUGGUCUGACAUCAACUAUCCAUGUUUCAUCAAUUGAGUCAUUGGCGAUGUUCUUAUGGAUUGUUGGAGGGCCCCAAGCUUUUGCACAAGCUGAAGAUAAAUUUACACGAUCUCUUUGGACAGUUCACACCAAGUUUCAUGAAGUACUGAAUUGUUUGCGCAAGUUAACAAAGGAUAACAUCAAACCAAGGGACCCUACUUUCAGUACUGAGCAUGAAAGGAUCAAAGAGGACCAUUUCUGGCCUUAUUUUAAAGACGCUAUUGGAGCUAUAGAUGGUUCACAUGUUAAAGUUGAAGUGCCAGCAGAGGAAGUGGUUAACCAUACAUGCCUACAUGGAUAUACAUCUCAGAACAUCUUAGCUAUUUGUGACUUCGACAUGAGAUUUAUCUUCGCUGUUGCUGGUUGGCUAGGUUCUGCACAUGACUCACGGAUCCUCAGUCAUUCCUUAGAAAACUUCACUUCUUUUCCUGUGCCUCCUAAAGGAUACCUUGCCCCUUUCAAAGGAACCACAUACCAUAUUUCAGAAUUUUGCCAUCAUUCUGGGCAUCCUCCGCAAGGGAAGUAUGAGAUGUUCAAUUUCUUGCAUUCAUCCCUUCGAAAUGUCAUUGAGCGGUCUUUAGGAGUCUUGAAGCAGAAAUGGCAUAUUUUGAAAGCCAUCUCUAGUUUCAGUACACGUUCUCAGAAGCACAUUAUUCUUGCUUGUAUGGCAUUGCAUAAUUUCAUUCGUGACAGUAAGUUGCAUGACAAGGAGUUUGAUAGAUGUGAUGCUGAUGAGGACUACCUACUGGAAGAGACAUCUGAAUCAGAAGAAGAUGCUUGUCCAGAUAGUGAGAACGAGGAUACCAUGAAUACCAUUCGCAAUAGGAUAGCUGAUGAUUUGUUUAGUGCGAGAGGGUGA